AUGCUUUCCUUCUUAUGUGUUAUCUCAUCCUCCCGCAUUCCAUGGCGCUAUAGAGACCUUGCAAAAGAGGCUCUUGAUAGUGCUUCUCGUAGAAUAAAUCUUGCAGCAAGAGAAGAACUCAUGGAACCAGGUCAUUAUACAUUUGGCGGCGUUUCAUUCCAUCUUACAAGACCACUUGUUAAUCCAAAUGUGGAGCAAAUUCAAGGCUUCGCUAAAAGAGAAAACGUAAUUGCUAUUGUUCAAUCAAAACUUUCUUUAUCCCAAAAUUUAAUGGCUAGAAAACCACUCAUGGCAGUACCAAGCGAACAAAAAAUCUUCGAAUUAGGCAAAUCCCUUGGUUCUGACGGACGAGUAGAGCUUUAUUCUGUUUCUACAGUUAAUCCAUUAGAAGUUUUUGCCAAUCUUGAAAUGCAAACAAAGCCACAAACAGGCUACGAUUGCACACUUAAUGAAACUAUUUUCACAGGUGCUAAGUGCAAAGCUUGGUUUAGCUACAAUUGGCCAGAAGCUAAAGAUGGCGAAGACCCAUUAUCAUUAAAGCCAAUCUAUCACAACAUCACAAAGGAUGGUGACUUCCAGUACCGCGUUGGUGCUUACGGUCAGGCCGUCGGACAAGUAGCCUUAAAGUUCCAAGGCUUAUUUGACCUUGUUGCCGAAUUCUCUGUUGAUAUCAACGCUGUUGGUGGACUUGGUAUCCUUGUUAAGAAGCAGGUUUACAAUUAUAACCUUAAGAUCUAUGAAUUCAAGUACCCAAUUUAUGGAAUUGACUUUGAGAUUCUUGGCAUCAAGAUUGGCUUCGGCGUCGAAGCUUACAUUGGAUUCCUCCUCAACAACAUCACAAUGGAGAUUCCAGAACUCGAAUACUACAGAGAUUUCGUCUUCAACUUCCACAAGCAAGGAAAGCUUUCCACAAAGUCUGGCUACCACGGCGAUCCUUACACAUGGGAUAUCCACUCCGAUACAUACUCUAACCUCGAUAACAAUUCUCUUAUUGAGUACAUCGAAGGUAUGAAACUUGGUAUCUCUCCAACCGUUGAUAUGGGUAUCCGCGCUAUUGCAUAUGUUGGCAGUUUGCUUAACACAGACCUUGCUGUUGGCUCAGAUUUCCAUCUCGAUCUCGGCUUCGGCUUCAACAUGGAGAAGUGCACACUUCCAUACAUCUACACAAAUGCCGCAUUCGGUAUUGAUCUUUACCUCAGCUCCAUUGGUGUCAAGAUCCUUGGCUUGAACAUUGUUCCAGGAUUCAAGCUUAAUUGGCCAGUCUUCCAGUCCAAGAGAUCGGCCGACAUCUGCCUCUUCUCAUCCAAGAAGUCACAAGAAGGUGUCAUUUCAAUGACAUCAGACACAAGAGUUCCAUCUGUUGUCAUCAAGCCAGAAUACAUCUUCCCGAAGGCAUCAGCACCGAACUCCAACAAGUUCAAUGUCAGACUCAAUGCUUACCCAGGCUCAGAUGUCCCGACACCAUUCAGAUCACUUCAACUUGAGCCAGUUCAGUUCUCUCAAGGAUCCUCUGGUCCAGAUGCCAAGAAACAGCUCAACCGUGUUCUUGUUCUCACAAAUCCACGUGAAUCAACUGUCAUGAAGUACACAGCAAACUGGGCACACAGAUUCCAGUUCCAGGACGAAUUCCAGAUUGAUUCCGAGAUGAACAAAGAGAUCUGCGGCCAGUACUCCAACAGUGAAUCACUCUGCAUCCGCACACAAGUCAACAAUUCACAGACAGUUGAAGAGUUCAAGGAAUUCGAUGCAAACAAGACAUACAUUUCCAUCAAGCCAAGUAACGCAAAGAAUGGCGAUAUCUACGGCGUUAUCACUCAUGGCGAUGGCGAUGCAUACAAAGCUCCUCUCGACAAGUACCAGACAUUGGAUGAUGCAGCACUUGAUUCAUCUGAUAUCAGAAACGGCGAAUACCUCGUCAGAAGAUAUCUCAAUGUCAAGAUUGAUGGAUUGAAGAGAUCAGAUUCAAAUGCUGAUGUUCAAUUAGAUUUCUUCAAGUGCGUUGAUAGCGAUUGCUCACCACUUGGAUCUCUCUAUGCCAUGGAUGUUCCAAAGAAUGUCUAUGUCACUGCCGCUCAAAUCAACGCUCAGGAAUUCUCAUUCCCAUUCGAUCUCAGCGGUCAGAAGUUCACUCUCCAAGUCAAGAUGAACAACGACAAAGUCUUCGAGUUCACACGCGAUGAAAUCAACUUCGAUGGAACAUUCAAGCGCUCUAAGUCAAUCGAGUCAGACAAGUUCCAACUCGCAUUGAACUUUGAGAACACUAUUCCAACAAUUUUGUUCCAGACAGGUUACGAAGAAGGAAAGACAAACUACAAAGGCAUUAUCGCUAAAGUAUUCCAGCCAACACAAGUCUGGACUAAGGAUGAUGUCAAUGUCCACGUCGCAAUGAAGACAAACGAGACAUACGGUAUUCUUAGGUUCUUCUUCAACCACGGCGAUGACCAAAUUGCUCAGAACACACAGUUCAACGUCAUCAUGAAAGGACAAGGAUUUACUCCAUUGUGUGACCAUACUAAAUUAGAUGAUCAAUACAUCGCAAUUCCACUUACAUUUGGUGAAACAUUGUUCUCAACUAAGCAGCAGCAACAGUACUUCCCAGGUGCUCUUUCCAUCAACAUUCCAAUCAGAAGAACUAAAUUGGAAGCAGCCGAAUUCGAUGUUUCUUUGUCUGCUGUUUUCAUUUCUGGAGACAAAGCUGUUUGCUCUGUUUCUAACAUCAUCAAAGGAAAGGUUAUCAAGGGAUUGUACACUGGUUGCAUUGACACAUUGACACCAGAGAACCAUCUCUCAUGGACACCUUUGUUCACAGGAAUCAGCGAUGGCUACUUUGAGCAUUUCAGAUUGGAAGCAAAUAACUGGGCUCUUGAAGCAUUCCGUGCUAAAGAUGACUUAACAGAAUUCACUGAUUUCGAGUUCAGAACAAGAUUCGGUGGAUUCAACAUUCCAGAAAACGCUUCUUCAUUAUUCAUUCCAGGAAACAGAACUUAUGAAUUCGCAAAUGCAAACAAGAAGAUCUAUAUCCAAUGCGACAAAUGCACAUCUCUCAGAGCAGAAACAUCUAAGCAAACAAUGCAACUUGAAAAAGUUGAAGGAAAGUAUGUUUACAAUCCAGAUAAGUCAAGAGAAGAUGUUUUAUUCGUUGCAAUGUGUGAUGAUAAGAACCAUCCAUACUGUGAAUUUGAAGAAGAUUUCUCUGAUGAUGGAUUGGCAUUGUUGGAAUAUCUUUCUGAUGAUGGUGUUCUUGAUAUCAAGGCUCCAGAGAACUCCCUCAAGUUGCAGGAUUCUGUUCGCAGACAGAUUGUUUAUGGAAGAAAUGCAACUAAAUUGGUCAAGACAUGGAAGGGCACAAUCACAAGAUUACAGAAGAACAUGCAGCCAGGAGACUUCAAGUUAGUUAUCACUGCUAACAAUGACAAGACAUCAACAAUCACAGCAAUGUUAGGUUCUGUAAUUGUUCCUCUUUCUGCUGCUGGAUUCAGAUACGAUCCAAUCAAGUUCCUCGAUGCAUCAGCAAUCAUCAGACCACAGGAUGGAUUCAAGGAUGGCGAUUUGAUCUUCACUGCUAAUGGUUCUAUCAUUGUAAGAAAUGAAUUACUUGGAAACGUCUUCCAGAAUGUUGACAAUGUUAAGUCUCUCACUGAUUUGCCAGCAUCAUACGUAUACAACCAGGAAGUCGUUUGUGGAGAAAAGUCUAGAAAGAAAGGAAACAAAUGCGUCAGAGUUUUGACUCCAGGUGAAUGGAUCAAGCAGAAUCCAGGUGCUUUCGCUGGAAUCAUCAUCGGAUUCGUCGCUUUGUUUGGCUUAAUUGCUCUUUCUGUUGUCCUUAUCAAACGCAGGAGGCGCCAGAACGAAAUCGAGCGCAGCUUACUCACAAACGAACUCGCUUCUGGUCUCCAAGACUAA